AUGAGAGGGUUCAAUAUUAAUAAUAUUUCAUCAAGACCAACGAACAAUUCCUAUUCAUUUAAGGACUUCAAUAGAAAUAGACAACCAAUUAAAGUUAUUGGCUAUAAGGAAAAAAAAUUAGGCGGCUGGGAUGAAGAAACACAAGAAAAAAUAGAACAGAUUACAGGAAAAAGCAAGGAAGAAACAAAAGAACCAGAAAAAAUCGAAGAAGAAGAAUCAAAUUCUGAUAUUGAAUUGAAUUCAAAAGAAGGAGAAGAUAGAUGGAAUGAAUUUCAGAAGAUGAUCAGUGAGAAAAAAGUAGAGGAACAACCUAAAAAGAAAGAAAUUAGCGCAGCUGAUCCAUUUUUCAUAAUGAUGAACAAAAAGACAGAAAAACCACUAAUAGAUUACAUUCCUGGUCAGCCUAAUAGGUUUGGAAUACAUCCUGGCCCUUGGUGGGAUGGAAUUGAUAGAUCUAAUGGUUAUGAAAGAAGAAGAUUUGAAAAAAAGCAAGAGGUUGAUGAAGAAAAGUCCAAAGAAAUUGCAGAUCGUAUUGCUCGAUGGUAA